GAGGCCAGACCCGCCUCCUCCUGCCUCUCCGCCCGGAGGGUCGGCGUCCCUGGUUCCCCUCAGCGGCGCCGGUCCCCAGCCAGCCUCCCAGCCCGGAUGCCCGUCGGACCCUCACCGCCCAGCGACUCCAGGAUCUGACUGGCAUAGAAUCUAUGGAUCAAUGUCGCCAUACUUUGGAACAGCAUAACUGGAACAUAGAGGCUGCUGUACAGGACAGAUUGAAUGAGCAAGAAGGUGUACCGAGUGUUUUCAACCCACCUCCCUCCCGGCCUUUGCAGGUUAACACAGCUGACCACAGGAUCUACAGCUAUGUUGUGUCGAGGCCACAACCACGGGGGCUGCUUGGAUGGGGUUAUUACUUGAUAAUGCUUCCAUUCCGGUUUACCUAUUACACAAUACUCGAUAUAUUUAGGUUUGCUCUUCGCUUUAUACGGCCUGACCCUCGCAGCCGGGUCACUGACCCCGUUGGGGACAUUGUUUCAUUUAUGCACUCUUUUGAAGAGAAAUAUGGGAGGGCACACCCUGUCUUCUACCAGGGAACGUACAGCCAGGCACUGAAUGACGCCAAGCGGGAACUUCGCUUUCUUUUGGUUUAUCUUCACGGGGAUGAUCACCAAGACUCUGACGAGUUCUGUCGCAACACCCUCUGUGCACCCGAAGUUAUUUCUCUAAUAAACACUAGGAUGCUCUUCUGGGCGUGCUCUACAAAUAGACCUGAAGGAUACAGAGUCUCACAGGCUUUACGAGAGAACACUUACCCAUUCCUGGCCAUGAUUAUGCUGAAGGAUCGCAGGAUGACUGUGGUGGGACGGCUUGAAGGCCUCAUUCAACCUGAUGACCUCAUUAAUCAACUGACAUUUAUCAUGGAUGCAAACCAGACUUACCUGGUGUCAGAGCGCCUGGAAAGAAUUUACAGGAGGAAAAGGAAAGGAAACUGGAGUGCCUGCCCCCUGAGCCUUCCCCUGAUGACCCUGACAGUGUCAAGAUCAUUUUCAAGUUACCCAAUGAUUCUCGAGUAGAGCGAAGAUUCCACUUUUCACAGUCUCUAACAGUAAUCCAUGACUUCUUAUUCUCCUUGAAGGAAAGCCCUGAAAAGUUUCAGAUUGAAGCCAAUUUCCCCAGGCGGGUGCUGCCCUGCGUCCCCUCAGAGGAGUGGCCCAGCCCACCCACGCUGCAGGAGGCCGGACUCAGCCACACGGAAGUUCUCUUUGUUCAGGACCUAACAGACGAAUGACGUUCUUUCUUCCUCUCCCUUUCUACCCCAUUCCCAAAAAGAAAUGGAAAAAAAAAACGAAAACAAAAACAAAACAAAAAAUUGAGAGAGAAAUUCAUAUUAUUAUUAUUAUAAUACAAUAUUUUUUUUAAAAGACUGCUGCAUCCUACGGAAGGACCAGAAACCAUGCUGCCUGCAAGAGUCAUAGUCUGUGCGCAUGCACAGGUGUGUGAGCACGGUCAGCAACGAUCGGCACCCUCGGCAAGCCCACCUAACCUGCGGCCUGCGCACGCACCUUCCCGCGAUGGAGGCUCUUCACCGCCAGCCAGCCAUGUCCCAGCUGGGGAAGGGCCGUCCCCACUAGUUCUUAUUCAUUCUUGCUUUUACAGAAAAUGAAAGUGAAAGACCUUCCUCAGCCAGCUACUCCAGCAUCUCCCGAGGACUGGUUCUCCCAGCUCUGCAGAGAGGGAGGAGAAAGCACAGAGCAGAGAUGCUCCUCGAACUGCCCACGAUCUAUGAAUGCUUUUGUUUCUGUUGCUUUGUAAUGACCAAAGGAAUGAGGCUGACAUAGGUGUCUUUCCCCCAUUAACUUUAUUUGAUAAAGAGCCAGUUCUUAAACCCAUGGGCUCCUUUGCCCACAGUAGUGUAAUAAAGGUGCCCCGGGCUGGUUUGUGCUUA